AUGCGUUACCUAGUUCUCAUAUGGCUAGCGCUCUCGCUUAUCCACAACACUCGAGCCCACGCUCGUACCUUCACCCGUUGCCAGCUAUCUAGGGAACUGCUGCGAUAUAAUUUCCCAAGAACUUUGAUACCUAACUGGGUGUGUCUGAUAGAACAUGCGAGUGGGCGGACAACGGAGAAAGUGACAAACCACAAUAACUCUUACACCAGCUUUGGGUUAUUCCAAAUCAACAACAAGGAAUGGUGCAAGAAAGGCAGAAAAGGAGGCCACUGCAGUAUGAAAUGCGAAGAUCUUCUAAACGAGGACUUGGCUGAUGACGUUCGUUGUGCCAAACGAAUCUACGACCGAGUAGGCUUUAAGGCCUGGCCUGCUUCAUACGCCUACUGCAAAGAGAAGAGCUUGCCCGAUUUAUCUAGAUGC